GUAUCUGUAGUGGAAUUGACCAUAAAGUUGGUUGGUGAAAAUAGUCCGGCCACAUAAAGGCAGUUGGCGUCGCCAUCAGCGAUCUUUCCACUCGCAUGCUGAAGUUGGGAGCGGAUCAUGUCUAGCGAUUCUGCUGAUUACAACAGCUCAAGAGAUAGAGACCAUGGGGGGCCAGAGGGAAUGGAACCUGAUGGUGUCAUCGAGGGCAACUGGAGUGAGAUUACAGACAACUUUGAUGACAUGUGCCUGAAGGAGACACUUCUCAGGGGAAUAUAUGCUUAUGGUUUUGAAAAACCAUCUGCCAUUCAGCAGAGGGCAAUUAUUCCUUGCAUCAAAGGCUAUGAUGUCAUUGCUCAAGCUCAGUCAGGCACAGGGAAGACGGCCACAUUUGCUAUCUCUAUCCUGCAACAGUUGGACAUCGAGAAGAGGGAAACUCAGGCUCUAGUGUUGGCUCCCACCAGAGAGCUUGCUCAGCAGAUUCAAAAGGUAAUGCUGGCUCUGGGUGACUACUUGAAUGCCUCCUGCUAUGCUUGCAUUGGAGGCACUAGUGUCCGUAAUGAAAUGCAGAAACUCUCAUCAGAUUCCCCUCACAUGGUGGUAGGCACCCCUGGGCGGGUGUUUGAUAUGCUCAACAGGCGGUGUCUGAGUUCAAAAAGUAUUAAGAUAUUUGUCCUGGAUGAAGCUGAUGAGAUGUUGAGUCGAGGGUUCAAAGAGCAGAUUUAUGAAAUUUUUCAGAAGCUGAACAACAACAUUCAGGUGAUUCUGCUCUCAGCCACCAUGCCCUCAGAUGUGUUGGAAGUAACUAAGAAGUUCAUGAGGGACCCUAUUCGCAUCUUGGUGAAGAAAGAAGAGCUAACCCUGGAGGGUAUUAAACAGUUUUACAUAAACGUGGAGCGAGAGGAGUGGAAGCUGGACACACUGUGUGACCUGUACGAAACUCUGACCAUCACCCAGGCUGUCAUCUUCCUCAACACCAGGAGAAAAGUUGACUGGCUGACUGAGAAGAUGCACGCUCGAGACUUCACUGUGUCCGCUCUGCAUGGUGAUAUGGACCAGAAAGAGCGUGACGUGAUUAUGAGGGAGUUCAGAUCCGGCUCAAGUAGAGUGUUGAUCACGACUGAUCUCCUGGCUCGUGGGAUUGACGUACAGCAGGUUUCUCUGGUCAUUAACUAUGACCUUCCUACAAACCGAGAGAACUACAUUCAUCGAAUUGGCCGUGGUGGUCGUUUUGGCAGAAAAGGAGUUGCUAUUAACUUCGUCACUGAGGAGGACAAGAGGAUUCUUCGGGACAUCGAGACUUUUUACAAUACAACCGUGGAGGAGAUGCCAAUGAAUGUGGCUGAUCUGAUUUGAGCUCAGAGGUUUAUCAUUUUUUACGCAGUGAUAGCGACCGUUCACUUGCAUUGUGCUUAUCUUAUUGGAGGAGGAAAACUUUUUGAUGCUAAACCUUGGAUCAGAAUUUUGGCAUGUAUUAAAAGUGAGGUGACACCAAUGGUGGUCCCUCUUGGACAGUUGUAGAUUCUAACCUCGACAGCUGGUUGGUUGGAGCUACAGAGCCAUGGGGUGUAUAAACGUUAAAGUCCUUAUCAGUUACGAUUUCUUUCCAUGUUCAGUUAUGAUGUGUGUGUUUGAUGUUCUCUACCAUUUAGUAACUUACUUGUGGACUAAAAGGUAUAAGUGCUGUAUAAAGUCUGCAAAUUAUGUUAUGCUAACAUAUAUAUGUGCGAUGUGGUGUGGGCCUGCUAAAUAUAGGCAUUUAUCAUAUACUGUAGAUUUCACUUGCUUUUUGUUAUAUUUUGUGAAUGUUAAUUUAAAUAUACUUUUUUUUAAUCCCACAUGCUUUAUUGGACUUCCUCACUGGUUGGCCGUAUUAUGCUGAUGUGGUUUUAUCUUUUCAGAAUAUAUUGCUAUUUCUCUAACUACAUAUUUCCUCCACUCCAGAAUUGUCUUAAAACUUGAAUAAAAUUGCUGCAGUUGAAGCUUGAUUUUUGUAUGU